UCGCAUCUGAGUUUGGCCGGGUCUCAAUUUUCGAAUAAAAUCCCAUCCGUGGAUGCUGGGACUCUGAAUAAACUCCCAGUCGGAUUCUGACCGUGCUGGAAUAUAGUCAGAAAGAUGCUAGAACAGCAUCUUCAGAAGUAUCUACACAUUAGAAGUGAUCAGUGAUAAAAUAAGUGGUGGUAUCAGUGGUCGAAGAAGUAGAAUCUCCCUAAGCCAAUUCUUGCUGCCUAACGAGUUUACAUUUAUCCUUUUGGAAAAUCCUUUUCUAUUCCGCCGCAAGAAGGUGUUCCCCACAGAUCGGAUAAAGGAAAUACACUCACUUGGUGAAUUUUGUGUUAACUAUCCUUCGAUCGCUAAUCCAAAAAGGUUUUAGGUAGUGUUAAAUCUGUGCGGAUAGUGCGCAGGGAUUAGGGAAAACUAAUCCCACACUUGGAAUGUGCGAACAGUGAAACAUCUGUGAUUUCAAAUUUGAAUCUGAAGAGAAAUUCAAUUUUUCCGGUUUCUUUGUUGUUUAAUUUAAAAAAGAAAAAUAACCGAAAAUGACAUCGUUCGUCUAUGCUGUGUGGAGUAUAACAAACAUUGCCUCGAUGCAUUGCGCGGUUCGUCCUGAAAUAUCACCGUGCACUUGUGAGCCAAUUUACGCGAGCAAUACGGUUGACCUUUCCUGCGAGAAGGUUGAUUCCUUCCAUCGCAUCGUUGACGCCCUUUCCGAUAAGUUCGACUCGAAUAUAAGCAUUAGCUUGCAAAUAUCACAUUCGCAACUGGAGGACUUGGAGAUGAGAUCCUUUCGAGAAAUGAACCUAAAUUUAAAGAAGCUGAAAAUGGUAGCGAACAAUCUGAGAUCGGUACCGGAGAUGCCAUUUCGAGGUUUAACAGAAAUCGGAUUCCUAAGUCUAGCAGAAAAUGAUUUAGAGGAAAUACCGAAGCAUGUCCUGAAUCACUUGCCGCAAAUACGAACCUUAGAUCUAGCGAGAGGGCGUAUAAAAUCCGUGAAUCAUGACGACUUCAAAGGAAUCCCGGAUAUAAGUCACUUGGUGCUGGCAACAAAUCAAAUAACGCGUAUAGAUAAAGGAUCCUUCCCGACGAACUUAGUAACGCUGCACCUUGGGCGAAAUCAAAUUGAAACUCUAAAUGGGACAUUGCGUGAUCUAAGUGAAAUGAGAACGCUUUUCAUCAAUAUGAACAACAUAUCAUCAUUGGAAGGAGAACUUCCUCCUGCCCGUGAGCUAACCGCCAUCUUCGCGCAAAAUAAUCAAAUCGAGAAGCUACCCCAGAGCAUGAAGGAUUUACCCAAGUUGGAUAACUUGUACUUACAAAAUAAUAAACUCAAAUCAUUUGAUGGAGUCUUCAAACAUGGUCGUCAUAUUCAGCACUUGGACGCAAGAAACAAUUCAAUUGAAUAUUUAGCCGAGGAUGAGUUUCAAGAAGCAGAAGUAAUCGAUGAACUAGAUUUGUCCCAUAAUCUCUUGAAAUCCUUGAACAAGUCACUCGUUCCAAUAGCUAAACUACGAAUUGCUAAUUUUUCGUUCAACAAAAUGGAGGAGUUUUCAAUGAAUGAGAUUCGUGGCCUCGAAAAUCUUCACUCUUUUGAUAUCUCAUAUAAUCAGAUAAAGAGAUUGACAGGACGCAUGGAAAACUUAGUUGAGCCGAAUACAUUUGUUGUGGACUUACGGCUUAAUAACAACCAGUUGAAAUCUCUUGACGGAGUCUUGAUGGGGCUGAAUAAAAUGCGAACGCUGGUCCUUACACACAACCAGAUUGAAAGGAUUCUUCCAGAUGACUUUAUUGGACUAGAAAGCUUGGAAUUUCUCGAUAUUUCACACAACCAAUUGCUUAGUUUGGAAGAAACUUCCACGACGUACCUACCAUCUUUGAAGAUAUUGAAUGCAGCUUUCAACAAUUUGACCAAAUUGGAGCGGGACUUCCAUGGUUUGCCAACACUAUGUCAAGCUAAUAUGACAAAUAACCAAAUCAUGUCGCUUUCAUCGGAACUGGUGGCCAAAACGAGAUGCUCGAAUCAUGGCGUACCUGGAAAACUUGAAAUUUGGUUGGAAAAUAACCCAGUAAUGUGCAGCGACACCAUCAAAGACUUAUGCCCAGUUGUAGAGAGCCAAGAAGCCCGCUUGCGUGGACAUUCCCAAUGUUUUCAGUCAAGUCCGGACGAGGAAAUAUGCAGCGAUCGACCAAUAAUAUUGCAAGCACCGUUACCUCUGAUCCCACAAAUUCUCCAUUCUCAAUUACCUCAAGGUCCAGCGAUUGUUCAACUGAUUGUUCCUGCUCCACUGGCCGGCAGUAAGACCGUCAUCACAGCUGAAGUUCCAAAGCCAGUUGUCCCAAUUCUCCCCGUUGCAAACACCAUAUCGCUCACGACGACAACCACAACUCCAACCCCUGAAGUACCAGCUUUAAAUGCAGAAGUAACUCACACUGAAUCGACCAAUUCAACGCCAUCAACAUCGGUGGAUCUUGUCCCCAUUGGGUCAUCCAGUACAGCCACUUCAACAGAAACACCAGAGAAAGUACCGUCAGAGUCACCUCCAGAUACUCCUAACAAAACAGCGGAAACGAGAGAAUACACAAUUGAGUACUCUCCUAUGACCAAAUCAGAGGAGACUUCGAGUUCAUCCGAAGCGGAUGAUAACUCAGUGCAUGAUGAGUUCCCCCCCUUUGUCCAGUCCGCGCCUGAUAGCACACAGUUACGAUUAAUGCCCGAAGAACCGCCUGAAACUCCUUAGGAAUUUUAAGUAUUUAAGCAUUAUUUGUAUGAUUACUUUUAAUAUUAUUUUGUAGUUAGUCGUCCUUUUCUUCUAGUUAAACAUCGUAAAAUAUAUAAGCAAUUACUUUCGGAAUAGAUGUCAUGUUUAUUUUACGACAUAUUCCGCCGACAACGAAGAUUGAAUUGUCAGACAGGCGACGAAUCCUUCGUCCUCGUCGCCGCUCUGUACACUUGCGACUAGUGUUAUUUAAACAUCGGUGAACGAAAUGCGUAAUUCCAGCAUUUGCAGUUACUAAAAGCUCAUCGUCUCAAUGUAACAUUUUCAUUUGUGAUUUCGCCUUCAAAACGCCUCCUGUCACGUCAUUCAAGAAAGUACCAAUAGGAAAAUAUCAAGAUAUUGCCAUUCACAUACACACUCCUACAUAAUAUGUUCAUCUGUUUCUCAUAAUUUAUUUUAAAACUCCGAAUCACUCAAAUUGUAGUCCUCAUGUAUGUAGUUACUGCUAUAAUAAAUAAAUUAGCUUAGACUUAGCCGCAUAAUAUUA